AUGGCCUUGUUGAAGAGCGGCUGGUUGUGGAGGCAAAGUAAGUGUACAUCUCACUUUAUGUUAGUAAUAAGAAACUUCAGUAUUUACAUUUGAAGAAAUGCUGCAAGACUUGUGGUCUGCUAAGGGUUAAUUGUUGUAGGAAAGGACUACGUUGUCCUUCUUUCUAUAAACCUGUUAACGUGUUUGUGUUUAUUUAUUUCUUUAGUUUGACCUCCCACAUAUGACCUCUGUAGGCUUCAUUAAUCUAUAAGAUUUUCAGUUACGAGUUACUAAGAGAGUUACCCGUUCUGAUUGCUUGUAGUGUAACCUGACGGAAUUAGACCCUAGUACCAAAUCUAUUUUAUUUUUACGGCUUUUCUUUUAUUCGUGAAAAGUAACACUGGCCCUCUAAUGCUUGUAUAUUCAAUGAGCAGUAGAGAGACUCUCUAUAGAUGGGACAACCCAAGCAUUCCGUCUCUUUACUAAGCUAAAGUUGCAUUAGGGCUCACUUGUUAAAGAUUAUGAGGGUGACGCCAUUUUAUUGUCUCCAUCGUAAUGUUUAAUUUUGGCGAGGAUACUUCCCUGAUAUGGGGUGAUUGGCAUCAUCCGCAGGCUCACUUUAAUUUGAUAGCCACCUUUAUGGGUGUGAUGAAAUGUUCUACGUUAUGACAUGUUUGUGGACCCAGGACAUACUUGAAAACAAGAGAAAUCUCAAUGUAUCCUUCCUGGUAAAAUAUUUCCAAUGUAUCCUCCCAGGGAUUACAUAUUCAGGAAGUUUGUCAUGAUGUCAGAGAGAGAGGAACUGGGAGCAGUCACACCUACCUCAUCCUGGAGUAGUCUGGACUCCCUGACCCCACUAAUAACCGAGUGUUUCCCUACACAGAAUAACUGGAAUAAGUCUGGGUGGUUCAAUGACUUCACGUGUUGAUCUCACAAAAUGUUAAAUGUUUUCAUGCGCAUCCUGCAGGCUCCAUUUUGAGGCGCUGGAAGAAGCAUUGGUUUGAUCUGUGGAUGGACGGCAGUCUGGUUUAUUAUCCAGAUGAAGCACGUGGAACCUAUGAAGAGAGACUCCUAUUAAAGUUUCAUUGUACAAAUAUAAGGGCUGGUGCGGAGUGUGACGGUGAGUCUGAUGGUGGAUUGAUGGGUGAAGCCUGAGGAUUGAGAGUUGGAUGGAGUUAAAGGUGUUGAAGUGAUGGGUGGUGGAGUCAUGUGCGAAGUCUGCAAGAGGAGUGAUGGAUGGUGGAGUGAUAUGUGGUUGAGUGAUGGUUGGUCUGCAGGUGGAGUGCAGAGAUGGCUUGUGGUGAAGUGUGGGGGGCAAAAUGGGCACAUUGGGCAUUAGAUAAUUACCACCACCAAUUUUGGAGGGAAAAAAACUCAACCUUAAUAUUUCAUCUCCCGGGAUUUAUAUUAACUUCACAAUUUCAGGUCCAUUCCUUACAAUGGGAUAGUUCAUCCAACUCCAUACAUCGUUAUACUUGCAGAGAUGUAUAUAUCUAGGUGGGGUCUUUCUGAAGUACAUGUAGCUGUGUGUGACCCCCGUUCACACUGUUUUUCAGAUAUCCAGCUACCAGAAGGCGGUUCUCGGGAUGCUUUGGUGAUGUUACAGAUGCGAGAUCACAGGGUAUAUUUAUGUGCAGAGAGCGAGGACGAUGCGGUGUGAGUAUGUCCAUGGGUUUUAUUGGGGGGAGGUGGUUCUUCACUAAAAGAGAUAUUAUAAUGAAUUGAUAAACAAAUAGCUCACUUGUGGCAAAAAUAGUCAAAUGUGACAACACCUGAAUCGGACAAUGUUUCUGAAUCUGUGCUACAAGUGACUACAUUUCUCUGUUCAGUUUUGAAUUCACUAUAAUUCAAUCUUUAUUGAAUAAUGUCUGUGUUACACGACUUAUUAAAUGUAUUUUAAGUUCAAAAACUGUCCCAAUACCACCACUUAGUGAAGUAAAUUUCUCUGACAUUGCCGUUAAUAACCAGAAUUGUUAUAUAACAAGGAGUUGUGUUGAGGGGUGACAGUUCUGAGCUGGGAUGGGUAAAGUAGGAUUAGUUAAAGAUCCGGACAAAUUUAAGAUAUGAAGAUUAAAUAAAUCUCUCUUCCUGGCAUCCACCCCUGGACACUGACCUUCAGAGACCUCUGACACUUUCAGACA